UUGUAUAAUACUAUACAAAGCAACUAAAAUUUGAUAUAUCAUAUCCGUGUGAAAGGAAAUAAGGCAUUUUGAUUUUAUCGACAAAGGAAAUCUUCGAUUUUGAUGCUUUGAAAGUUGUUGUUGAUGGUGAUGGUGAAGCUCGUUCGAUUUUGGCUUCGUUUUCUUUACGAUUGAACGCACAACCAUACAACCAAAUUGAAUGAAAUAACAUUGAUCGAAAAAAAACUGCUAGAUCCAUAUUGAGAUUUUUUUUUACUGUGAAUCUUGUAUGUGUGUGUGUGUGUUAUGUGUCUGUUGUUUUUUUUCUGUUUUAAAUCUCUCAACGUAAUCAAAUAUGAUCAUGAUUUUUUCCCAUAUAAUUCGAUUGUUGUCAUUAUUAUGGCCAUCUAUCAUCAUAUUGGCUGAUCAAUCUUCAUUGCCCAGUUUGAAACAACCAAUUUGUAGAUGGACUACUAAACCAUACUUUGAUAAUGAUGAUAAUAAAACAAAAAUUUCCGAAUGGAAUCUAGUAUGGCAUGAUGAAUUUGAUUCGAAAAUAACAUUGGAUAACCAAUGGACAAUUGAACAUGAAGUGAGUACCUGUACUGGUAAUUGGUUACAACAAGAACAUUGUAAUACAAAUCGUCCAGAAAAUGUACAGAUUAUUGAUGGUUAUCUAAUGUUAGCUGCACGGCGUGAAUCAUAUUAUGAUCAUGAUUUUACGGCAGCAUCAAUGACAACGAAUCAAUAUUUUACACACGGUAGAUAUGAGAUUCGUGCAUCGAAUCCUAUUGGCAAUUUUCUUCGUACAUCUAUAUUCACUAGAAAUCAUGGAGAAUCAUAUUGGCAUGAAAAUGGACAGAUCGAUAUUUUUUCCUAUGUACAGGGAAAUAACAUCAUUCGUGGUAUACAUUAUGCUGAUUCUACUAAUUUCUAUGAACCUGUUGAUCAAUCAUUGGAUGCUGUUAACAUUACAAAUGCUAGUUCUAUGAAUGAUUUCCAUCUUUAUGGUGUCGAAUGGAAUAAUGGAAGCAUACGAUUCUUUUUCGAUGAUUAUUAUAGCCAUAAAAUUUGUUUUUGCAAUGAAAAAAAAUAUUUAAAACCAUUUCAUCAGCUACGAUUACAGAUUGGUGUUGGUGGAAUAUUUUUUCAUGUCAAGAAUUUAUCCGAAAAAAUUCAUUGGAAUUGUCCAACAUUAGUUGUCGAUUAUGUUCGAAUUUAUCAAUAUGUUGAUCAUAUGAAUAAUAAUGAUACACAGAUUCCCGAUUGUCAUUUUAAUACAUUGCUAGAAUCAACAACAAAAUAUGAUAUAGUUUUGAACAAAAUCUGUACAAUGACCAGACAAUUAGAUCAAACGGAUUCAUCACUUUCUGAUUAUCCUUCAUCAUUUAAAUUGACAAAUUUUCAAUUCGUAAUAAUAUUGAUUAGCAUAUUAAUCAUCCUAUUUGUUGCCGCAUUGAUCUAUCUAAUUGUUCAAAUGAAAAAAUUUGGUGCUAAAGUUGAACAUCAGAUUGAUUAUUAUAGUGUACCACCGCCAAGAAAUUCCUAUACAAUUCCUGAAGAUCGUGAUGAAAUCUAUGAAAUACCUGUCUAUGAUUAUGAUGCAUUAGAAACACAAUUGGAAAGAACCAUACAGAAUACCAUAACCAGUAAAAAUGAAUAUCUAGAGAUUAAACCAGCCACCACCGGACAAUCAGAUCCACCUGCAUAUGAAACAAUUAUUUCAGAAAAAUCAUUUACCAUUGAUCAUUACUAGAUGGCGGAACAUGAUGGUUGUCAACCUUGAAAAAACAACAAAAAAAAAAUGUUCAAAAUUAAAUUUCGAACUUUGAUUUUUUUUUCCACAAACACUCCGCACAGAUGCUUGGAUAUAUUGUCAUUGACAUUAAACUAAAUAAAAUAAAUGAAUGAUGAUGAAUUUAUCA